AUGGAGCGAAACGCUAUCAUGUUGUUUCUCAAUGAGCCGACGAACGAUUUGACGCCCACACGGCGCCUACGACGGCGCGCAGAUGCACGCGAUCGAAAGCUCGCUCGGGUCAAGCAGUUCAUGCAGGACUAA